CCGAGAGUAAGUGUUAGAGUGAGAGAGAAUUAAGAAGAGAGUUAUACAGAUAGAAAUUAGUUAAGAUGGCUACAAAGUGGUGCAUUGCCCUCGUUCUUGCUCUGGCCGUGGUUCACGCCACCGCUAGAAAUGUGCCUGCAGCUACGCCGGCGAAGAAGGACGCCGGACUCAACGACCAGAAGAACUUCCUCACCUACGGCGGAGUCGGCGGUUACUCUGGUCUUGGGGCCAACGGGCUUCCGUUUGGCGGAUUUGGCGCUGGAGUUGGCGGAGGCGGCGGUCUUGGCGGUGGCCUCGGUGGUGGCGGUGGCAUUGGCGGAUUCGGAGGACUAGGCGGUGCUGGUGGACUUGGAGGUGGAGGUGGCGGUGGUGUUGGUGGCGCUGGUGCUGGCACUGGCAUUGGUCCUGGUGGGGUUGUUCCUUUCCCUUGAAGGACUUAGGGGGGGAAAAAAAAAAGUGAACAUUUAUCUCAUGUGUUACUUGUUUACGGUGUUCGUUAUUAUUAUAAGUUAAGCAUGCAGAGACGUUAUAUGUAAGUGUUUAGUGGUUUAGAAGUAAGAAGAUGAUGAGUUAUGUGAGAAUUUUCUUCUUUUUUUCUUUUUUCUUCCCUAAAGUUUAUGUAAGAGUUUACAUUUCAGUAUGUUUAUGCGUCCAGAAAAGAAAAUAAUGAAGAUUAAUAUUUUCCUCGUCUCUA